AUGAAAUUGAAAAAGAAGGCAGAAAUUAAGGCUCGGGAGGCUUUGAAACAAAAGCAAUGUAAGGCUCGGGAGUCCGAGAGGGAUUUGAUAUUUGAGAAACGUAAGGUUCGAGAAUUAGAAGAAGAGCUAGCUGCUCUGAAACUUGAAGUUCGAAACUACAAAAGAAGAUUAGUAUCAUCAAAAAAACAUUUUGAUGAUUUUUCCAAUGAUUUCAGUAAACUUCUUAAAAGUGAAAAGGAAUACGACGCUAUUAUCGAAGUGGAUGAAACGUCAACUAGUCAACAAUUCAAAGUUCAUUCGAUAAUUUUAUGCUGCAGAUGUCCCUACCUUUAUGCAAGAUUAGGAAAUGGGGAGAAAGAUGUACGAAAAAUCAGAUUAACUCAAACGUCGGCAAGGAUCAUUGGCAUUAUCGUCAGUGGUUUCGUGGAUCUUGAAGAAUUAGAAACUUCCAUUGAAAUCUUGGAUAAAUUAUUCCCUUUUCGACAAAUUCUCGAUGCCGAAUUGUUGGCUGAUAUUUUGAAAUAUUCAAUGACACCAGAUAAACCAAUACUUUCAACCAUCCUACCUCCUCGAAAUAUUCAAAACCCUCAAUCAUAG